GUUGUUUUGACACUGGCGCUGGCCUCGGUUCCCUUUCCAACCUGGCCAGGGCGCACGGGGAAGCCAGCCAGGUGGGGUGGGGAGAGCCCAGCCCGGGGGAGUCCCCCCUUGUUCGGAGCCCAGAGGCGGGGCUGGCUGGCUGAAGAAGCCCUCGCCCGCCUCCCACUCCCUCCCUCUCCUUCCAUCUCCGCCUCCUCCUUCUCCUCUUCCAAGCGCCAGCUCUCCGUGCGCCCCAGCGCUUGGAGACGGCUGGUACCCCGGCCGCCUCCCCCUCCUUUUUUUGCGCGCCACCGCCUCUGGUCUCUCCAUCUUCCCGGGGAUGUGGGCCACUGGGGGUCUACUGGUGGUGGCCACCACCAGCCUCUGGCUGGGGUUUCUCCUGGCCUGGCGCGUCUUCUGGCCCCACGCGUGGGCCGACGCGGCUUUCCUCUUGCGCGCCUGGCGCUGCAGCCGACGGCUCCUGCGCGGGGACCCGCGGAGCCUGGCCCAACGCUUCGGCCCGCUGGCCCGAGCCCAGCCGCCGGGCAAGCUGUUCCUCCGCUAUGGCGAGCGGAGCUUCACUUACGCCCAGGCGGAGCAGGAAAGCAACCGCGUGGCCCGCGCGCUGCAGGCGGUGUGGCGGCGGCGGGGGCCGGAGGAGAGCCUCCCCAAGGGGCUCGUGGUGGCCCUCUUGGUGGGCAACCAGCCGGCUUUCGUCUGGGCCUGGAUCGGCCUGGCCAAGCUGGGCGCCGUGACGGCUUUCCUGGGCACCGGCUUGCGCCGGGGCGCGCUGCUCCACUGCCUGCGCGCUUGCGAGGCGCGGGCUCUCCUGGUGGAGGACGAUCUUUUUGAAGCGGUGCUGCCCAUCCUGCCCAGUCUCGAAGAAGCGGGCGUGGCCGUGUGGGUGCUGGGCCCCGGGAACUACCCUCCUGGAGUCACCAGCCUGGACAGUCUGUUGGAUGAUGCCUCGGACCAACCGGUCCCCUCCGAACUCUCUGCCCCGGAGAACUGGAACGACACCUGCCUUUACAUCUUCACCUCUGGGACCACAGGGCUUCCCAAGGCAGCGCGGAUCAGCCACCUAAAAGCCGUCCUGUGUUUAGGAUUUUACGACCUGGUGGGGGCGUCCAGCUCGGACGUGAUCUACGUGGCCCUCCCUCUCUACCACAUGGCCGGCGGCCUUCUGGGAGUCAUGGGGGCUUUCGGCAUCGGUGCCACCUGCGUGGUGAAGAAGAAAUUCUCUGCCAGCCAGUUCUGGCCGGAUUGCCGGCGCUAUGGUGUGACCGUCUUCCAGUACAUCGGGGAGCUAUGCCGCUAUCUCGUCAACCAGCCGCAGAGCCCGCAGGAUCGAGAACACAGCAUGCGCAUGGCGGUAGGGAGCGGGCUGCGGCCGAACGUCUGGCGGGAGUUCCGUCGCAGGUUCGGGGAGGUGCGGGUGGUGGAGACGUACGGCAUGACGGAAGGCAGCGUCACCUUCUUCAACUACACCGGCACGGUGGGCGCUGUGGGCCGUUCCUCGUGGCUUUAUAAGAUCUUUAGCCCCUUCGAGGUGAUCCGAUACGACGUGCCCCAGGGAGCGCCGAUAAGGGAUGAAAAUGGACGGUGUCUUCGUGUCGCCCCGGGCGAGCCAGGACUCCUGAUCGGGCCAGUGACGCCCCAGAAGCCCUUCUUGGGCUACGCCGGAGGGCAGGAGCUGUCCGAAGCCAAACUCCUCCACAGCGUCUUCUCCGAGGGGGACACCUAUUUCAACAGUGGAGACCUGAUGGUGCUGGACGGCCGAGGGUUUAUCAGUUUCUGGGACCGCAUCGGAGACACCUUCCGGUGGAAGGGGGAAAACGUCGCCACAACGGAAGUCAGCGAGAUUCUGGGCGCCUUGGAGAGCCUGCAAGAAGUCACGGUCUAUGGCGUCACCGUCCCAGGGUACGAAGGCCGGGCCGGGAUGGCGACGGUGGUGCUGCAGCCGGGCCACGAGUUCAACGGAGCCGAACUCUACACACACGUGACGGAGCUUCUGCCCCCCUACGCUCGGCCCCGCUUCCUGCGUAUUCAGGAGCGCCUGGAGGUGACGGAAACCUUCAAACAGAAGAAAGUUCGCCUCGCGACUGAAGGAUUUGACCCCGCGCGGAUCUCGGACCCCCUCUUUUUUCUGGACGAGGCCGCCAAGACCUACGUGCCCCUCAGCCUGGGCAUUUGGGAAGGGAUUGUCUCUGGGGGCAUCCGGUUGUAACCCACGGAUGUCCCCCCCCCACACCUGUAAGCACCCCCAUCCUGGUGUGUGCCAUGCAUGGGGGGGAACGGAGGGAGCAGUGCAUGCUGGGAGCUGGCGGUCCCUUCCGCCUGCGCCUCAGCCUUUAAAAAAACCCAGGCUGGCUUUUUAGCCUGGCCCCUCCCUCUCCCUGAUGACUCCGCCCCCUUUGGAAGCCCCGCCCAUGCCGCAGGGCGAUCUUGCUCGCCUGCUGGGGCUUUACCGCCGUGAUUACC